AUGAUGAAUUCAAGAUUAACUUAUCCUCAAUUGAGUCUUUGGUCAGAUGAACACGAUAGUAUUUCUAAUCAACAACAAACAACUAAUACAGAAAGCAACAAUGUUGCAAGACCAAGUCAAAAUCAUUCAUGGUUCAAUGAUAAUAAUUGUGAAAAACAAAAAUGUCGUAUAUUAGGAAAUUUCAUGCACUAUUGGUCAUCUAUACCAACAUGUCUCCGAGGUUUACUUUUGGGUGUUCUCAUUGGUAGUUUAAUCUUAUGUGUAGUUAUUCCACUUUGGUUAACAUCAAUGAAUAAGACUACAACAAUUGUAACUACAAUUAGUUCAACGAAUAGUGCAUAUGUAACAACAUCACAAAUGACUAAUAGAACAAUGUACACUUCUUCUACUUCAUCAAAUACUGUAACAAGUACUGUUUCAACUAGUAUAACAAUGUUAACAUCAACAAUAGCUACAAGUUCAUUAAAAACAGCAUCAAUAACAGCUUCAUGUGCUACACCUACUUCUACUAUAAUGUCUUGGACAAACAAUAUGCAAAAUUACCAGCUACAGACAUACAAUUAUACAGCUCCGUUUAGUGGCAUUGGAGUCCUUGAAUUCGGGUUUAAUAUUAAUACUAGAGUUGGGUUUUGGUACCUGGAUGAUGUUAGUAUGUUAGAUAUAAAUGCAUCGAAUUCUGAGAUGCUUGUUAAUGGUAAUUUUGAUGGAUCAUACUGUUAUCAAGAUAACUGUCGAAGAGGUUAUGAUUUCUUGCAACAGACGUUUACAAUGACAUUGAAUCAUAUUUAUACAUUGAGUUUUGAGACGUAUGCAACUGCAAGUUAUGUUCAAACCGCAUUUGUCAGUAUUAACUGA